AUGAAUUUCGGUUUUCUCAUAGUUCUGAUGAUGGCGGUUGUCGGUGCUCUCGGCGGAUGGUCCCAUUCAUUUUCUCAUUCUCAUGAAUUCCACGGACAUCAUCACGGAGGGCUUCUCGGAGGAGGCGGAUUCAAUCCGUAUGGAGGAUACUAUCAAUCCAGUUAUUGGGGAAGAAAGAAGUAG